AUGACCGAAGAAGACUUCCCUACGCUGCGAGUACCUCCUCUUUUGAUACCUACAUGCCAGCCUAAUAUACAUAAUACGCGGCUAGCAGGCUACAUGACUACCUCACUCUUAUGGCUGCAGAUUUCGUAUAUCUGGAGGAGGCCUUGGACGCUUGGCAAGAUAUCCUUCAUACUCAAUCGGUACUUCGGUGCAAUAUCCAAUGCCCUCGUAAUUUAUGAGUCUUUUGCCAAUUUUCCGUCCCGGAUGCACCGCGUUCGAAUGGGAGUACGAGAUCGCCCUCUUGAUAAGCCAGAUAUUCAUUGGAGUCGAUGCAUAUUGGCCACUCUCAUUGUAGCUGGCAUUCUGGCGAUUUCGGGAGCAAUAUCCUUUCGGUCAGGGCUUCACCCUCCAGGGAAGGACGAUGGUGGAUACCGACGUGCCUGGUUGUCAUCUGAUCAAGAUCAAGGGAAUUCUAUGCGGCCGCCGCAAGUUGAAGGAUUGAAGCACUGGUGGGGGAUAGGAAUGCUCUUUCUGCGUGAUGGUGCGCUGUACUAUGGAUGUAUGGUCCUGGCAAACGCGGCAAAUAUUCUGACGUAUUACCCGCUCCUGAAGGGCGCGCUCUCAAUCUUCGCCAAUACGAUCUCUGUCACAAUGAUGUCAAGGCUCAUUCUCAAUCUUUACCGUUACGUGGAGUCUCGGAGCUACCUUGGAACACAGGAUAUUCCUCUGACUAAUUUGAGCUCGUCGGGUCGUACCAUUAGCGGGCCGGGAAGUCAGGGUAACUAUUAUGCUGCGCCCAUCAGUUAA